GUCCCUGAGGAUAUAGGCCAAUGCUUUAUAGAGCUCCAAAGCUGCUCUUAAAACCCACAUUGCUCCAGCCUUAUUAGCCCCAUUCACCAUGGAUAAUUGCCUGCUUUCCCACCUCAGCCUUGUGCCUGGAAGUCGAACCCCAAAUGACUGUACCUAAGCAGUCCUUACCUCACUCAUUUGUCUUCUCAUUUCCAUUUCUUUUUUUCCCAUUCAGUACCCAAACAAAAAGUAAGUGCCUGCUUAAUGAGAGGCAAGGAGAUGACCAGGUCGAGUCUACAGACAAGGAAUAGCGAAGGAAAGUUAAGUGAUUUGGCCAAGGUCACCUAGCUUGAAAAAGUAGUUCCCAGUUCUUCCAAAAAUCAAUGCAUUUUCAUAUUUUAUUCAGCCUUGUAUUGAGCACCUGCUAUAUUCCAGGCAUUUAGCAUCUUCCCAUAAAUUUCCUUUAUUGGUCCAAUGAGAUACAUUAUUCCCAUUUUAUGGAUAAGAAAACAGGCUCAGAGUUAAUUAGCUUACAAGUGGCAGAUUUAGGAUUUUAAACUUUCUAAAUCUUAACUGCUUCACUGAUUGGAAAGGGAAUUAUAAGGGGGAUUCUUUUUUAAGAAGAGACCAGAGAUGGUCAUUUCUACCUCAUUCACGGACCUCAUCUAGAGGCCACUUUUGAAAGUCCGCCUGUCAGAUGAGAAGAUCAAGAGCAGGAGAGUGGGCUUAUGCUCAAUUCUCUCCCUGCUGUGGUCCACAUCUUUGAGUUGUUAACGUCCUGAUUAGAACUUUCUUACCAAAAGUCAGCUCUCGGCUCACAUCUGCACAUCUGUGAUUCUCAAAACUACCCCUUUCCUCUGACUGCAUCACACUCCACUCUAACUCCUUCAACUCUCCAUGCUAAAUGCCUGUGGACUUAAAUAGCAAACCGACCUUCGCUAGGAGGAGAGGAGAGGAGAGACUGAAGAACCAGCGGGAACAUUGAGAACCUGAGCUAGAGGGUGCCCUAGCUGCAAGGCAUUAGAAACGGCUGCCAAGGCUUCAGGAUCUGAAGUCUGAGCUGGAGUGGCUGUCAGGGCCCAUAUUGUCUUAAAGAGCAUUUGUCACCUGGGAUACUGAAUCCCUUAAUGGGGAGGCAGCAAGUGGAUAUGGUUAUUUAAAUUUUGGUAAGCCAGAGACUGAAGGUACAGCAAAGGCAAUUCUGUUAGAGUCAGAUUUUUUUAUCCUGAACCAGUGAUUUUCAAACUUGGGCAUAUAGCAGAAUCACCUGGAGGGCUUUUGAAAUCAUUGCUGGGUCCUGCCCCAGGAGUUUCUGAUUCAGUAGAUCUUGGGUGGGGCCUCCAAAAUUUGCAUGCAUAUGUUAGUAUACCUAACAAAUUCCCAGGUGAUGCUGAGACCACUGGUCUAGAUUCCAUACUUUGAGAAACACUUUCCAGUUCUUGCUACUCAAAAUGUGGUCCCCAGACCAACAACAUAGGGAUCUCCUGGGAGCUUAAAAUGCAGACUCUUUAACCCUACCCAGACCUACUGAAGUAGAAUCUGCAGCUUAACAGGAUCCCAGGUGAUUGCUAUCACAGUAUCUGAGCAGCACUACUAUAAGGCAGUUUAAAAUACAGAUACCUAGACUGCCUCUGGAGACUUGAUUCAGAAGGUAUGGGAGGAUCCCACGAAUCCCUAAUAGGAACAGAGCCCUUCAAGUGAUUGUUAUAAUCCAGGCAAGAAUGGGAAGCCCCUGCUCAAAGUCUGCAUUCCAUUUUACUUGAGUGUUGUGUUCCUUGGAAGAGACCAAGGCCAGAGUAAACCCUCUCGCUCCAGCGUCACGAGAAACAGGAACUUGGGGAAGGUGGCUCCUCGAUGGCCUGUGAUGCCGUCAGAGGAAACGGAUGGUUAUGAGAACCGCAGAGUCUGCAGAUGUGAGCCAGGAGCUCCAAGGACCCUGCACCUGAGUCUCCUUUGACACGAGCUCAGAGAAGUCGGGCCUUCUUCCCUGGCCUGCUGUCCGUGGGAAGGCUGAUCAGUCCAGGGAUCCCUAAGGAGCCCGGGGCUCUUGUCCCACCCCAGGUGCACAAGCUGCAAACCACAGCCACCGAAACCAAUACCUAGAGCCUCUCCCUGAAGAUCUCCCAGGCCGAGAGAGUUCUGGAUUCCCUAGCACCCAGGACAUUGGCAGACUUCUAGAAGGGCUCCCCAAAUCCCUGACGUCUCCGGCCAAAGCAUGCGUCUUAGAAGGGCCCCCUCCCCAGGCCUCUGAUGACAGGAAGCCAGUAAGUUUUCUCUGGUGAUAUGCUUUGGAGUGUUCUGCUGAGGAAUGAUGGGAAGUCUGCCCAGCAAAGGGAAAACCCUGCGAAGCCUGAGCUCGAGCCCCUCUGUCCAAGACCAGGGACCUGCCCCCAGGCAAGCAGAGAGGGCUCGGGCCUCGGCCGUGGCCCUGGGCACUUUCCCAGGAGGUGAGCAGGUGGAGCUGUCGCUGAGACUGGGGGAGCCACUGACGAUCAUCUCUGAAAAUGGGGACUGGUGGACGGUGCUAUCCCAAGUCUCAGGCAGAGAGUACAGCAUCCCCAGCAUCCACGUGGCCAAAGUCUCCCAGGGGUGGCUGUUUGAGGGCCUCAGCCGGGAGAAAGCUGAGGAGCUGCUGCUACUGCCUGGGAAUGCUGGAGGGGCCUUUCUUAUCAGAGACAGCCAGAGCAGGAGAGGCUGUUACUCCCUGUCAGUUCGACUCAGCCGCCCUGCAUCCUGGGACCGGAUCAGACACUACAGGAUCCAGCGCCUCGAUAAUGGCUGGCUGUACAUCUCACCGCGCCUCACCUUCCCCUCACUCCAGGCCCUGGUGGACCAUUACUCUGAGCUGGCGGAUGACAUCUGCUGCCUCCUCAAGGAGCCCUGCGCCCUGCAGAGGGCAAGUCCACUCCCUGGCAAGACCAUACCUCUCCCUGUAACUGUGCAGAGGACACCACUUAAUUGGAAGGAGUUGGACAGCUCCCUCCUGUUUUCAGAGGCAUCUCCCACAGGGGAGGUGUCUCUCCUAAGCGAGGGGCUCCGGGAGGCCCUCAGCUCCUACAUCAGCCUGACUGAGGACAUCUCCUUGGAUGAUGCCAAGGCCCAAUGCAGAGGCCGAAAGGGGAACUAAGGAAACAGCAUCUAGAACUCCAGUUCGCACCACCUCACUGAGUAUCCUGGCAGCAAGGUUUUACACUGAGCAUCGGGGACGCAGGGGCAGAGGUGCAUCCAGGGUCCCACCUGUGCUCUCUACUCCUGCCUUUCUUGGCCCUAAAAAUCACCUCCUCCCAGUGCCAUGAUCCCACCCCAAUCCCUAGUCCCUGAGAGCAGAUCAGGUAAGAACAGGGUCAAGGCUCUGAAAGAGUAAAUCUCCCCUCAGGUCUGACCAGUUUUGGGUUUUCAGCAUUGUCCUCCUCCUUUGUCUGUUAAAUCCCAUUUUAUACCCUCACUGCUACCCAGCCCCAUCCACAAGGCAGAAACAACCACUAGCAUCAAGGAGGGGGAAAAAAACCACUUUAAGAAAAUUUACAAGUCUCAGAACACCAAACCUCGGAAGACCAAUGGCCUAGAAGGGAGUGGAAAGCAGAGCGGACAGGACACUAGCAGCACAACUGUCCAGAUACCACCUGACCCCUAGAACAAAGAGAUGGACCUCUGGCAGUCCGGGUCCUCAAAUGACCCCAUCAAGCCCUUCUUUGGACAGUCACAGCUCUCAGAUCUAUGUUUCAUUUUGUGUCUUAUCAUUUUAACCUGGCCAGGAUCUCCCGGCAACACUGCUCUUGCCAUCCUGUGGCCAAAUGCAAAAUGACACCUUGUGAGCCUAGCUCACUGCAGUGAGGCCAGUUGCAUCUUUGUGCUGGGUGGGGGCUGAGAGCCAGAGGAGCCAGACUUGACCCCUGCAUGUAAAGAUUCUGCCAAAGGUUCUGGGGUAUCAGAGGGUGGUAAGCACUCUCCCCACAAAUUCAAGACCACAGCAUACCCCAAUAUGAGCCCUUGACUUCCCUGUCCCCCCACCCACUAAAGGGAAAGAGGCCUGUCUGGAGCUUCUAAGGGAACAGGGAGGGGAAGAAAGAGGGGUGGGUUGGGAGAACAUCACCUCUAGUGAUCCUAAUGAAUUCUGGGGCUAGAAUGGGGUGAGAAAGGCAUUACCAGGUACAAUCAACAGGUUCUCAGUUAAAGAUUUGAUUUAUUCAAGUAUCUGAAAACAUUUUACAAUGAAAACUAUUAGAUGCUGCUUGUACUGUGCUGUGGACCACACAUAUAUUGCCAUACUGUUUUCAGAAGACUUGAAAUGCCACUGAUAGUUUAAAAACUGUACACCUGAUGAAUGAGGACAAUUUAAUGUUUCAUCCGGAUCCAGAGGUGCAUCAAAGUAAACAACCAGUUACAAUCAACAAACAGGUGUUUAGUGAUGAGUAUCCAAGGAGAAAUGGUUGGUCAUGGACAAUUCAGAAAUUCUUCCCCAAAAGGUGGAUGGUUCUUUAAAAAGUUUCAUGUUACAAUCCUUGCAGAAAACACUGAUGCCCAACACACUGAUUCCUGGCCCAGGAAACAGGCUCUUCUAGGCUCCAUGUGCCUGGAGUGCCCCUACAAUCAUGUUUCUGUGCUGUAACUAGGAGAGUCCUUUGGACUGGACAGGGUGCAGGUGGGGGCUGUUCACCAUCAGUCAUAGUGGAUGGCAGUAUAAAAGAUGAUCCAAAUGACCUAAAGGGGAGAAAAGCAAUGAUCAUAGGUCACCUGAGUCCACAGCAGCUUUUUUAGGCCCUUAUUCCAUAAAUCUGAAAGAUAAAAAUGUGUGCACAAUGGGCUUCCCAGGGGCUAGCCAACACACAACGUGCUUGGAGGCUUAAAUUAUUUCACUGAAAUCAACUUGCCUGUAACAGGGCCUGGGACCCACCCCUAGGACCACCCCCUAAACACCAAGUUGAGUCUCAGGGGCGAGAGUUAUAAGGUGUGGAAAUGAAUACAGGUCAAGCAGGCUGUACUGCUAGCAGGUGUUAGGAUUAGCAACAAAUCUGAAAAUAAAACACCAUCAUACCCCAUCAGCUCCAAACCAAAGCAGUGGUUUUCAAACCUGGCUGUACACUGGAAUCUCCAACAGACCUUCUAAAAUAUAUAUAUAUAUAUAUACACUGCCAAGUUUUCAGCUCCCAGACCUUCUGACUUUAUUGGUUUGGGCUAGGAUCUAGGUAUACAGGGGUUUGUGAAUGUGUAUAGUUUUUAGAAAUAACUUGUUAUAAUUCACAUUCCAUAAAGUUUACCCUUUUAAAGUACAUAAUUCAGUGGUUUUUAGUAUAUUCAUAUAGUUGGGCAAAUACGACCACUAAUUCCAGAACAUUUUCAUUACCCUGUACCCAUUAACAGUUACUCCUCAUUAACAUCAGUCACUCACAUCCACUAAUCUACUUUCUGUAUCUAUGGAUUUGCCUAUUCUGAACAUUUUAUAUAAAUGGAAUCACACAAUAUGUGGUCUGACUGGCUUCUUUCACUUAGCAUGUUUUCAAGGUUCAUCC